ACGCGUUUUAUUCCUUUCGACGGCCGACGCAGCAUGAGCAGUGGCAACCUCUGGCAAAGCCUCCUGCGCGAGUCCUCGGAGCGGGCGCCGAUCCCGAGCACGGAGCUGCUGCUACUAGGUCCGGCCGAGUCGGGCAAGUCCUCGAUGCUCCAGCGCUGGCAGCACCUCGGCAACAAGAGCCCCGCGGAGAAGCCGACGACCGUGCACACGGUGCUGCCGUCGGAGUUUGCCACGUUCCACUUGCCGAGCGAGGACGACCCGGCUUGCCAGCUCAACGUCUGGUCGUUCAACACAGAUCAGCUCGAGACAGAGCCCGCACUCCUUGGCCUGGCCAUUGACGUCGACCGCCUCCAGCAUACGAUCGCGCUCGUCGUGCUGGACGCGAGCCGCCCGUGGACGAUCCAGCCGACGCUCGACAAGUGGCUGCCGGCCCUCGAGACCGCGCUGCAAGAGAAGAUGCUCACGCUCGACAACUACAAGCGCGACGCGCUCCUCGAGGCGACGCGCAAGCAUUGGCUCGGCUACGAAGAACCGGGGCGUUCGGCCGCCCCGGCCAUCUUGCCGCUUGGGCGCGCAGACAACGAGACGCCUACACUGCCCCACGGCGUCCUUCUUCAUAAUUGCGGUAUCCCGCUCGUGCUUGUCGUCGCCAAGACCGACAUCGCGCCGGACGACGCCGUGAAGCAGGACUUUGCGCAGUGGACGAUCCGCGAAACUGCGCUGGCUUAUGGCGCUGCGGUCUGCUACACGUCGAGCAAGACGAGCAUCAACGCCGAGCUGCUCAAAAACUAUGUCCUGCACCGCACGCAGCCGGGCGUCAAGUUUGCCGAGUCGCCCAAGCUCAUCGACCGCAACGCAAUUUUCGUCCCGAGCGGGUACGACUCGCAAGAGCUCAUUGACCAGAGUUUGGUCGGCUCCCAGCCGCGCUGGUCCAAGACCCAAGCCUUCGACAAGAUGUUUCCCGUACCCAACGAGAAGAACGAAGACUCGGCACUGCUCCACGCUGAAGUCCGCGUCGACCCCAACCAGACGUGGCUUCGAAAGCUCGAGAAGGCGGCGGGCGCCGGCUUGGCCGAUCUGCAAAAGAGCAGCGUGGAGGCCAGUCGUCGCGCCGACGAGCUCGCGGCGGCGCGCCGAGCCGAAGCCGAGUCGCGCAAGGAAAAGCAUGAUGUCAAGAAGGACACCAAGGACGUCAACCCGAAACACUUGGCCAACUUCUUCAACAACCUCUUGAGCCGCCCCGAAAAACAAAAGUCGGGCCGCGUCCUCCUCGACAAGGCCAAGCUGCCCCCGAAAAACGUCAAGGAGCUCGCAGAAGACGAGCUGCGCAAGAUGUAGUCGCAUCAUCAUAUCCUCGUCUUGUUUAUGCGAAGAAGCCGACGCGUUCUGUUCGGUAUGUCUGCGUCG